AUGGACGGAACUGAUUGCACCUGGCACGAUCCAGUUGCAACUGGACGCAAACCAGUUGCAACUGACCGCGAACCAGUUGCAACUAAAACUGUCACAGUUGCAACUGAGAGCGUGGGCAUAUUUGACCCAACGAAAGGCUGGGACAUUCGUGCCGUGGUGGUUGCCCCUGCCGGUUUGAACUGUGUUACGGUGGGAUCGUUCAGCUGGGAUCAGGAUCGCGAUAAGAUCAGAAUUUUUAUCUCCAUCGAGGGCGUCGAGCAAAAGAAGAUGGAGGCUGUAUUCAACCAAACUUCAGUGCACAUGAAGUUCAAUGAUGUUUAUGGCAAAAAUUACCAAUGGGCCAUUCCAAAACUGAAUAAAGAAAUUGUCCCUGAAAAGUGUAAGGCCGUGGUGAAGCCAACAAAAUUGGUUGUCACCCUUUGCAAGGCUUCUACAGGGACCUGGUCGAACAUAUAUUUUGAGGAAAACAAGUUUAAACCAAGCGUGGUUAACGACGACGAUCCAAUUUCAGUAGUUGACUUGGUUAAGAACAUGUACCAAGGUGGCGGGGAUGAUAUGAAGCAGGCUUUAGAGAAAGCAUGGCAUGAUACGAAGACAGGAAAAAUUGCGGGACUACCCGGCUAA